GGGUCUGACCACCAUUCAUCGUCUAAAUCUUGUAAAUCGUGCUUUUAGAGGAACUACAAAUUACUGUAAACCAAGAACCCUCGAUCUUCCCACAAAACCCACCUCUGAUUUUGCUUUUAUCCGACGAUUUCUUCACUUUCUUCCCCACAUAAGACCUAAAUAAUCAUUAUUUGUUUCUUUUACAGCUCAUAGUUUCAUGCCUUGUUUGAUAAAUCUGAAAGUUUUUGUUCAUCCCCAAUUUAGUUUUCCAUGAAAUCUUCAGUUGUCUGGGUUAGGUUAUGUUUAGUUAAGUUCAAACUGAAUUGAAUUUGAAUCUUGAAUCCCUUAUUUUGUUGUUGUUGGAACUUGGGUUUUUUUAAUCUUGAAUUUUGAUCUGAAUUCGGUUAGGGUUUUAAAGUUCUUUUCCGGCAAUGUCGUUCUAAUCGGCAUUGUUCGAAAAUUGAAGACGAUGGUUAAUUUCUUUUAACGUCGAUUUAGUGGUUUUUGAUUUCAAUUUGAUCGGUGGCUGGUGGUGGAUUGUGAUUUCGAGGAAAAAAAAUGAUAUCAGUUACGCCAUCGUUGGUAGUUCGGAGUUCUUUGGAGGAAAUGCUCGACUCUCUCCAGCGGAAAGAAGAUAUCAAGAAGCCGACGGACUUGCCGCCGGCGUUGCCGGCCCGUCCGGCGUCCAAGGCGCGUCUUCCUAAGCGUCCGGUGCCGGCAAUGUUUGGCGUCGGAGAUGUCGUGUUGCCGGAGGUUGGUGAUAUCAGAAGACAAGAUUUUAAAGGAGGUGGUGGUGGUGGUGGGAGUUUUGGCCGGAAAAAAGUGUUGGAAACGGCGGUUGGUGAAUCGCCCUACACGAUGGCGGCGGUGCAUGAACAUAGAUUGGCGGAGAACGGCGGUGCUCACCUGGCCACUCCUCCUCCUCCACCACCGUCACUGUAUUCUGGAUGGGAUAAUAGCAUUGAUUAUUUCAUUAAGAAGCAACUACGGGUGUGGUGUCUGCUCCAAAAUGGGCAAUGGGAGUUGGGAAAAAUUCAAUCAGCUUCGGGAGGAAAAGCAUCCGUUACACUCUUGGAUGGAACCGUCAUGGUGGUGUCUACAGGAGAGCUUUUACCGGCAAAUAUGGAAAUUCUUGACGGUGUGGAUAAUCUUGUGGGGCUUGGUUAUUUGAACGAGCCAUCGGUUCUAUGUAAUCUCCAGUAUAGAUACGCUCGUGAUGUAAUUUAUACUAUGGCGGGGCCCGUUCUAUUAGCAAUCAAUCCCUUCAAAGAUGUCUCGAUUUCGGGAAGUGAUGUUAUCACAGCUUAUAGAGAGAAGAUUUUGGACAGCCCACAUGUAUAUGCUGUAGCCGAAGCUGCUUACAGUGAUAUGAGGAGAGAUGGUGUAAAUCACUCGAUCAUUAUCAGUGGUGAAAGUGGAUCUGGGAAGAGCGUAACUGCAAAUUUAGCGAUACAGUAUCUGGUAGGAGCAGGAGGCGAGAAUAGCGAGAUAGCAAGCAAAAUACGGCAAACUGGCUGCAUACUCGAAGCUUUCGGGAAUGCCAAAACCUCAAGGAACAGAAGUUCUAGCCGAUUUGGGAAAUUAAUUGAUAUCCAUUAUAAUGCGAAGGGGAUAGUUUAUGGGGCUUAUAUCCAUACGCUUCUUCUUGAAAAGUCGAGAAUAUCUCAACUCGGCUGUAGUGAAAGAUCGUACCAUAUCUUUUACCAGAUGUGUGCCGGGGCUCCGUCUGAUAUGAGAGAUAAACUGAAUCUAAGAAUGGCGAGCGAGUACAAGUUUCUUAGUCGAAGUGGGUGUUUGAAAAUCCAUGGUGUUGAUGAUGCCCAAAAUUUCAAGAAACUGAUGGAAGCCUUGGACGCCCUUCAAAUUUCUUAUGAAGAUCAAGAACGUAUGUUCAAAUUGCUUGCUGCGGUUUUAUGGUUAGGGAAUAUAUCGUUUGAAAUAAUUGACGAGGAAAAUCAUGUUGAGGUUAUGAUCGAUGAAGCUAGUCGAAGUGCGGCUAGGUUGAUGGGUUGCAAGGUGAAGGACCUCAUGUUGGCUUUGUCUACCAACAGAAACCAAUCUGAUAUGCCCCAAAACUUCACUUUGCCUCAGGCAAUUGAUACAAGAGAUGCAUUGGCUAAAUUUGUUUACACAAGCUUGUUUAGCUGGGUUGUGGAAGCAAUUAAUAGAUCACUUGAGGGUGACAAGGAACAUAUGGGAAGGUCUAUAAGCAUUCUAGACACCUAUGGAUUUGAGUCAUUUCAGAAAAAUAGCCUUGAACAAUUGUUAAUCAACUAUGCUGAUGAGAGGCUGCAUCAACAUUUCAUUCGACAUCUAUUUAAGCUAGAACAAGAGGAGUAUGAAUCCGAGGGAAUCGACUGGAAAAAGGUAGAGUUCAUUGAUAACCAAGAAUGUUUAAAUCUCUUUGAGAAGAAAACUGUGGGGAUAAUAUCUAUUCUAGAUGAAGCUUCAAAUACAUCGGAAUGCACAGAUUUGAUCUUUGCCAAUAAGGUUAGACAGAACUCGAGUUCUUAUUUGAGCUUUAAUGGCGAAAGAGGAGCUUUCAGGGUUCGUCAUUAUGCUGGAGAGGUUCGAUAUGAAACAAAUGGAUUCUUGGAAAAGAACAGAGAUAUACUCCAAUCGGAUAAUAUCCGAUUUCUAUUGUCGUGCUGCGAUAAUUUUGGAUCAAGUGAGUCGGAUUUGGAUAAACAAACUGUUGGAACGAAGUUCAAGGGCCAAUUGUUCAAGAUGAUUCAACAGUUGGAAAAUUCAAAACCGCACUUCAUUCGAUGCAUAAGACCGAAUGCUAAGCAACUUCACGGAAUGUAUGAAAAAGAUAUCGUCUUGCAACAGCUCAGGUGCGGUGGGGUUUUGGAGACGGUGAGAAUCUCAAAAUCCCGAUAUCCUACAUGUAUGACACAUCAAGAAUUUGCUACCAGGUUUGGCUGCCUUCUUUCGGAGAAUACUCUUUGUCAGGAUCCGCUCAGUAUAUCGGUUGCUAUUCUACAGCAAUAUCAUGUCCUCCCAGAAAUGUACCAACUUGGAUAUACAAAACUAUAUUUCCGAGCAGAACAGGUUGGUGUAUUAGAGAAACGGAGACAAGAAGUUAUGCAAGGCACAUACAAGGCGGAAAACGGCUGUUCUGUUCAUCGUGACUUCCAUGAAUUAAUGUCGGGAAUUGUCACAUUGCAAUCAUUUGUACGUGGUGAAAAUUCAAGAAGGGGGUGUAACGUUUUAAAGAAAUCGAGUCACCAGAUUGCACCAAGAUCACCGGAUGAGCAUUUGACUGCAGCUGUACAUAUACAAUCGGUUAUUCGUGGGUGGUUGGCUCGAAGGAAUUUCAAUCAUUUGCAGAGUUGGAAGUCGUCAGCUGAUAGUCCAAAAACAAGGCAAAAGUCUCGUAGUCUAGUUUCAGAAGUGAAGAAUAUGUCGCAAGAAAAUAUCCAAAUUUUGCCAUCGAAUGUGGAAGAGCUGCAGAAGCUAGUUAUGAAGGCGGAAGUGUCUUUGAGCCAGAGAGAGCAAGAAAAUAGCGCGUUGAGGGAGCAAGUACGACAAUUCGAAGUGCGGUGGUCGGAACACGAAAUCAAAAUGAAGUCGGUGGAGGAGACGUGGCAGCGGCAAAUGGCUUCUUUACAAAAGAGUCUGGGUGCAGCCAAGAAGAGCCUUGGUGCAGACGAUGAUGAUUCCGAGGAUAACACACCCAAAUCUCAAAACCCCGAUGGAAACACGAAUGUUGAGUCCGGGAACAAUAGCAGCACGGUGGAUGAGCUAGCAAAGGAGUUGGAGCGAAAGAAACGGAAUUUCGAGGAUGAUGCGAAAGCCAUCGUUGAGGUGAAGUCAGGAAAUAUGCCGUAUUCGAAGCAAAUGGAAGAAUUCAAAAGGGUAAAACAGAGAUUUGAUACGUGGAAGAAAGAGUACAAGAAUCGGUUACGGGAGACAAGGGCAAAACUGGGAAAGGGCGUAAAUGGCGAAGGAGGCGGUAGUGAAAAACGAGCACGGCAAUCAUGGUGGGGGAAGUUGAGCAAGAGAAUCUAGUAUCGAUGAUGAUUGUGUUGUUGAUGGAUCGUCAAGAUGGUGAUUCGUUGUUGUGUGAUUCGGGUGUAAUUACAAAGACAAAGAUGUAUGCCAAUAAACCGGUGAAGAAGCCGACUGGCGGCAUCCCCUAGCGGGAUCGGGGCGGCCGAAUGUGUGUAGGUUUGGGUUCAUGCUUCUUGUUUAGACAGAUGCAUUAUGAAAUCAAAUUUGGCAUUUCAGAAUGUUAUACAUCAUCAUAUGCUCUAUAAAAACUGUGAAAGAACGAAUAUAUUUCUUUUUUA